AUGUCCUCCUCCUCGUCCGCAUCCUCUUCUGCGCUUCCAAUGCUCGUCCCAGAGGCCACCGCCAAACCAGAGGCAAGCACAAAUCCAGCGGCCAGCAACAACACAGCGGACACCACCAACCCAGCGGACAACAGCAAGCCCGCAAGCAAGCGCGUGCGCGCAGUACACACCCGCGCGCUCGUCGACUUCACAGACCCGCGCGAGCUCGCACAGGUCAUGCUCGACGCCGUCACGGCGCACAAACACUUGUACGAAGACGCAGGGAUCCUGCACGGGGACAUCAACCCGAACACGAUCGCGAUCUUCGCCUUCCCCGACGGCGGCGGCGCGCGCUCGGUGGGCGGGCUGAUUGACUGCGACGAGCCGCUGCGGAGGGUGAAGGUCUAG